GCCAUCUGAUAAAAUCAUGACAGCUAUUACAAAUAAUAUAAUAAGCGAGGAAAGAUCUGUAAAAAGAGUAGACCCGAUUACUAAAAAUAAAUUUACUGAAAAAAUACAAGUGAAUAUUCUAUUGACCGCUGUGGUGAAUAGUGGUAUGCUGGACCAUACGCUCAAUUGGAUUGAAUCACUUAAACGAACAAAUCAAGAUGAUAAAUUCUUGGUCUUUGCUAUUGAUCAGGGCGUCGUAGAUGAAUUAAGUCGAAGAGGUUAUGGUCAACAAGUCGUACUUAUACCAGACGAUUGGUUUCAUGUCCCUCUCGCAUCUGAAUUUGCUCUUUGGAAAAGCAAUGACUAUCGUCCGAUUACACAUGCCAAAACUUUAAUUGUCGAACGACUUCUCUAUUUGGAUGUAACAGUUUGGUUUAGUGAUGUCGAUAUCGUCUUCUUGAGUCCUCAUAUUCGUGAAACGAUUCUAUUACAGAUGGUAGAACGUCCUAAUACGGAUAUCGUCUUUAGUCAAGAGGUGGACCAGAAAUCAAUUAAUUCGGGUUUUUACAUGAUGAGACCUACUCCUGUCACAAAGCAAUUCUUGCAUCGUAUCAUUCAAGAACAGGAUACAACUGAAAACUUUACUCAACAAAGAAUCAUGAAUAGAGUCUUGAAAUCAAUGUUCUCUCGAGAUUAUUCAGAGAGCCCUUAUCGAUUAUUGGAUAUGCUCUUGUUCCCUAAUGGAAGAUAUUAUUUUAAAAUGGAGAUGCCUUUAAAACUAGGCUUUCAACCUUUAAUGGUGCAUGCAAACUAUUUAGUCGGUGGCCAAAAGAAAGAAGCUCUUAUGAAAGCUGGACUGUGGUAUAACAACUGAAAAAUAAAAAAAUAAAUAUAUAUAAAAAAAAAGAAUAAUAAUAGAAUAAAGGAACAGAAAAAGUAUUUUUUGUUAUUGU